AUGGUCUUCGAGGCAAAGUCACUGUCUGGCAGGAUUGUAAACAGGGAUUACCUUGUGUGCCUCUUGGCGCUACAAGCAGCAGAUGUCACAAUGGACAUAACCAUUAGAUUGCUGGAUUCUCUGAUAGAGGUUUUGCUUCAGAGAGGAAGACUUUCAGAAUAUUCAGACAGAGACAUUUUAGGAGGCAAAAGAGGUUCCAAAAUUAGUAUACUAAUGCUGGCCAUCAUUAACAGGAACCUGAGACAUAGUUUAGGUGCAUGGUUUAUAAUUAGAAUCUUGAAUUGUAUUCCCAAAUUUGACGGUAUUGAGAGUAUUCCUGACCAUGCCUCUGAUUUUUGCCUCUGCAAACAGGUCCUU